CAUAACCUCACCCUGUACAGUGCAACAGUUUUAAAACAUUUGGAUGAUUUUCUGCAAGGACUAUAUAAACGUAAACACUCCACUGUAAUUGAUUAGCGAAUAACUUGCAAGGAUAUAUAACUGAAGAAAAAUGGUGCAAGCCAAGUGCUAAUAAAUAUUUACACACCACACAGCAUUUCCUUGGGCUCUGAAGAUUUAAAUCUAACCAGUCUGCUGUUGAAUACAAACAUCUAGCAAUGGCUGAAGAGAUGGGUAAAAUUCUGGCUGCAGAGAUGGGUAAAAUUCUGGCUGAUAAAAAAGACACAAUUGAACAUGUAAUGGAAAUAUUUGAAAAAGGUGCAGAAGCACUUGCGAGUGUCGUUGGUGAGAUUUUUCCUUUUAUGGAGAUAGUAUCACCAGUUGUACAACUUGCCUUGAACAAUAUAGACAAUGGUGAGGCCGACUACAUAAAGGAGCAAUUUCAAAUAGUGAGAGACAAACUUGACUCCAUUACAGAAGAAAUUCAAAAUAUCAAUCAGGAAAUUGAGAAAAGCAAAAUAGAUCUCAAAUACUUUGAAGUAGAAGAAGCGAUCCAAAAUCAGUUUCGCAAGUUUAUGGAUAUCCUUAAUGCUAAGCCUCAGUACCGAAAUGUAAAGAAAGAUUUAUUUCUAGAUCACUUCAGUAAGAGUGGGGGUGAGAAGAACCUGUAUAGUCUUUGUAGUGCAGUCAUGGGAGAUAGCACUUUUGGGGAGUCCAUUUUGGUCAUAGCCCUGAAACAUGAACGGCAGAGCAGGCGUGUGAUAGAGGAUCUGUGUGCUCGCCUUAAAGAACUCUUCUGCAUUGGCUUGAUUGCAUUGAUGGGCUAUGCAACCAUCUCUGGAGGUGAUGAAACUGAAAAAAUAAAGGUGUGGAACAACAAAAUACAAGAUAUUGAGAAUAAAAUGAAAUCUGUAGUAGAUGAAUGCAUUAAAAACUUUGUCGAACAAGCAAAGAAUGAUACACAUAUUCUUGUGAGAGAAAGAGGUGAACAGAAUAACCAGCAGUUUGCUGAUUUCAUUCAUGAUUUCUUAAAGAAAAAAUAUUACUGGGUUAACUGGUGUGUCUUUGUAUUUAACCAGCAAAGUAAUACUUCCUUCUCUGAGAAGGUUAAAGACAGAUGGUUUCAUAAUACUGGGUGUCAUAUUAUUGGUCCAAGUCAGCUUGCCACUUACACACUUAAAGAUGUCAAUGUUGUCAUUUCAUACAGCGUCAAUCCAGAAUGUAUUGAUAAGUACAAAAUUCGACAACUCAUGGAAAGCAAGGAUCGAGAAUUAGAUGCUGUAGCAGUGGCAGAAUACAUCUAUGAACAUAUGCCACACUGUAUGGUUCAGACCAUAUGUCGCUACAGAAAUCUGUGGGGUUCUUGGAGUUUUCAAAAAGGUUGCUUUUACUGGGAAAAUUAUAAAAAAACUUACCCUAUGUGUUCACCCAAAAUAAUUUUUUCUCAAGUUCUAAAAGACUUUUCCUGCAAUAUAUGUAAGGCAUCUGGAAAUAUGUCUGCAGACUUGUGGAACUGGUUAUUUAAAAAAUCUCAAUAGAAAUUACUGUCAUUUCAGGAUUUGAGAAUGCUUGCAAGAAUAUUGCAUUUCCCAGCUAAAAGAUUGAUUAUUAGUAAUAUUUAGAUUAUUUGAACAUCAUUCAGUUAGACAGGGACAUUGCGGUGUAAGAAAACAAAUCACAACUCUCUUAUGAAAUGAUAUGGCAUUACAUUUUUGAAAAAUAACCACGACAGAUUAUUUUAUAUUUUCUUGAGAAGACUCCACCGCUAAACUCAUUGCAUAUGAUCUCCAUCAAUGUCUAGUCUUUAAUGUUAUACUGUAAUUCUAAGGGUUAAACAAAUAAAUACAUAAAGAAUAAAUUUUGAGGACCAUGCCAAAUAGACAUCUAUGCCUACACUAUCAGAAAAAAUAUACAUCAGUUUUAUACCAGGUACUGGAUAAUACACAGAUAUGGAUAAUGAAAGUAAAAAAAAUGCAAUCUGCUUCAUUAAAAUUUGUUUUUACAUUA